UAAUAUCAAUGGCCGUCGCUGUAACAAUUCUGUCAGUGCUAGAUUUUUUAUGUCUUGAUCCAAACUGUUUCUAGGUCUAGACCUAGAUCUAAUUGUCCGAGUAAUCUUCAUUAACGUGUUUAAAGUUAAGUGCAAGGCUUUUUCUAAGUAAUGUACUCUAGAUAAAAUAUACACAGGCAUUGUGGCAUUGAAAAGGAUUGUUACACAUUCAUCUCAUUGUAUUGAAUAUUGAUAUUGUUGUAAAUGUAACAGUUUUAAACACUAAAACAGUUAAUAAUAAUUUCACAUGCAUUUGUUGAUUAUUUUGAUUGAUUGAUAAUAUUAAACUAUUUUGAUUCAUGCCCUCAUUCAUGGUCACUCAUGCCAGUCACUGUGUGCAUGAUUGAGAUUGUAUUUGUAACAACGAAUUAACGUCAAUCAUAGUCAAUGUAAUGAAUUCGGAAUUAUUCAACUUCAAAAAAGUUCAAUGAUUGAAUCAAUCUUCAUUUGACAUUUUUAUAUUUUGUCAUUUUGACUUCACUGGACUCGUUGGACUUCAGUCUUUGAUUAUUAAAAUUGAUUCAUUUUCAUCAAUGAAUCUUCUUGAUCUUGCAGUCACCGUUGGCGUUUGGAAUGCUUAAAAACGGUAAUGGGAUUAUCAUCCAAAGAAGUGAUCUGUCUUUCUGUCACUAUCGCCUGUGCAGUCAAUGUGAUCUUUGCCAAUCAAACUUCUUCUCCGACGCCCAAGAAGUCAUUACUUAUACUCUCGGAAACAAAAAAAUGGGGGGAUGAAGGUGCAACGCUGCAGGUGAACUGUACCGCUCAUGUGCCGACAAAGCUAGAAUCACUGAAAUGGAGACAUUCAAAUUCAGAGCAUGAAGUAUCCAAACUGCGGUUGUCAUGGCCUAAUAGUACUACUGUCACCCUGACGUUUCAGGCUCUGUUACCUACAGACGCAGGAACUUACUCCUGUGUAUUACUGAUGGAGAAUGGAGGAGAAGAAACUGCCCAGUUUUCACUUUAUGUAAAACACAGAGAUACCAAUCGCUCAACUUGUGGAGUAACUCAGUUUAGGUGCAAAAAGUCUAAAGAUUGCAUAUUUUUACGCUAUCGUUGUGAUGGUAAAGAUGACUGUGGAGAUGGAACAGAUGAAGAGUGUGAAACUGACCCUUGCUCUGGGAAGUUUAGAUGUAACAAUUCCAGAUGUGUAGACAUGUUAUUAAAGUGCGAUCACGUAGAUCAUUGUGGCGACUUUUCAGAUGAAGGGAUUAUUUGUAAAGACACUUCCACCUCGUCUGAUGUUGGUUGGUUGAAAAUAACUGUUUCCACUGUCAUUGCCAGCACUGUAGGACUUGUUAUUCUGAUCUCCUUUAUUGUCAUCAUGGUGUAUCGCAUCAAAAUGAAGAGACUUCGGGAGCUGAGGAUUGCCAGGGCUUUUGAACGCAUCUAUCAAAACGGAGGAUCUGGUGAGCCCACAUCAUCGGGGCAAGGGGAAGAUGGUCCAAGUGACCAGCACCCCUUUCUACCUUCAUCCAGCCAUCCGCACUAUGGCCACAUCAUCGUCAAUGUAAAUAAUGGGGUCCAGUACAUACCUGGCUAUGAUUACUCUCUGUUCAUGGACUCCCCGCCUCCGUACACGGAAGCGGGCCAAGGGGAGGGAACCGAAGUCAAACUUCCACCUCCUCCUUACAGCACUAUUGACAGACAUAGAGCCGGGAGGAAUGCAGAGGAGGAGCCGAUGGCUCAUAACAAUGUGAACAUUUCCCAGUCCACUGUUCAGAACUGUUUAGGAGGAAGCCGCAAUGCUGAUGUGGGCGCAGCUGCCCCUGGAAGAGGCAGUGCCAGUUUAAGACAUCAUAGAACCUUCUCAGGUCCCGAAGCCACAGUUCAGCAGCUAAAUGGCCAUUCAGACUCUACAACCAUGCCAGGCAUCAGUAUUAAUGCCAGGUUUAUACAAUCACUGUUGGGCUCUCACUUGCCUGGAGCUGCUCCUGGGGAUGCCCGAGGCACCUCACAGAGGCACGCCAGAGGGGACAGGCCAUUUCAGAGGACUGGCAGCCAAGACCAGAGGGUCAACUUGAUCCAUCUAAUGUCUUCUCCCAAAAGGUUGGCUGACCAAGAUGCAGUGCUAACAUCCCAGAGUUCUCAGACACAGCAACUUGAUCCAUCAGAUUUGUGUAAUCAUCCACAGAGUAACGCUACUUCGUCUGCGGAGCUUACUGACAAUCCAUCAGCAACUUUACCAGCGCACCAAACAAUAGCUUUGGUAGAAAUCAACACUUCCCAGCCAGUUUUAACCCCAGAAGUCACUGAUGAGAAUAAUAAAAUGAGCAGUCCGCCAAAAGAAAAUACAAUAGAUGAAUUAAAUCCUACCUCCUCAACUGAAGAUGACUAUGAGGAUCCCUGGGACAGCACUUUACCGCUGUUAUCCACUUCAUCUGUUAUCAUGCCUUUGUAUUCGGAUACAGAAUUGAUAAGCAACUCAGGGUCCAGCUGUGAAAACUCAGGCCUGCUGAACUUGGCAUUAGUUAAUGCUUCUAAUGUAAAUGAGCUAAAAGAUGCUCAAAGUUGGCCAGAACCAGAACUGGUCUCACCAGACCGCGUCAAGCCAAACUGUGCAAGUAGUGCAUUGUUCAAUGAAGUGUUAAGGCGGGACCAGGAAAAGAAGCCCAAAACGGGUCACUUGUCUGUGCAGAAAGGGCAUAUCCUGUUACACACACCAAAUGGUGUGAUAGCAAAUAAUGAACCACCUCCCAACACCACCAUUACAUCAGCCCCUUUGAAUCGACUGAGUGGGGAGCUUGUGGUCAAAGAUGGCACUAUUAUGUUACAAGCACCAGCCAAAGCUCAUUCGCUAGACAGAAAUUGUGUUCAACCAAAACAUUUGAAGAAAGUGCCAGACGCUAACCUUGCACCCAACUCCCCAGAGUAUCAUCCCAAUCAAAGAGCAUCAUCAACGACAUCUUUAUCUGCUGGCAUGGAUCAGCAUCCAUCGCUUCUAUCUUCCUCAAAUCUGGCUUCAACACAAGUAGCAGCUGGCUCAUGUUCCAGCAUUGACUCUCGUGGGAAACUUAAUGUGAAAGAUGGGUGUCUGGUCUUGGAGCCUCCUAAACAUACACCUUCUUCACAGAUUCUCAAUCAACUUCAAGGAGCAUAUGCUGCAGAAGAGAGGAAACAGAACAGUCUGCCAGACGAAUGCAUGGAACCUGUUGUCAAUACGAAACGAGCUGCUGGCACUGUGGUCAGUCGACCACCGCUACCAAAAUUUAACACAGAUAUUGUUUUACCCUGUAAAUCUCAAUAGGUUUUUGGUUUUACUUUGUACUAGUUUUGAAGGUAAUUCUAAGCAGUUAGUAGAUUUAAAUAUCUACGAGACAUUGUUGAUGUGACCAAUUCUAUUUUUUGGUGAGAGGAAUAAUGGUGUGUACAAACUAUCUGCUUAUCAUUUGACAGUGAUCAAUGCGUACAUUAUGGCAUGUGAUUAUCAGACAUUUGUUAAAUCAGAUGGACCUAGCUGAUGUUAUAUUUAAUUUCAGAUACAUCUAGCUGAUUUACAUGUCAUGUCAGAUGGACCUGUAAUGUCAGAUGUGGACCUAGCUGAUGUUACAUAUCAUAUCAGAUGAACCUAGCUGAUGUUAUAUGUCAUAUCAGAUAAACCUAGCUGAUUUUGCAUGUCAUAUUAGAUGGACCUAGCUGAUUUUACAUAUGUUAUGUCAGAUAGACCUAGCUGAUGUUACAUCUGUCAUGUCAGAUGGCCGUAGCUGAUGCUACUUCUGUCGUCAGAUGGCCAUAACUGAUGUUACAUCUGUCAUGUCAGAUGGACCUAGCUGAUGUUACAUCUGUCAUGUCAGAUGGACCUAGCUGAUGUUACAUCUAUCAUGUCAGAUGGACCUAGCUGGUAUUACAUGUGUCAUGUCAGAUGGACCUAGCUGGUAUUACAUCUGUCAUGUCAGAUGGACCUAGCUGGUGUUACAUCUGUCAUGUCAGAUGGACCUAGCUGAUGUUACAUCUGUCUUGCAUGGUGACCCGACAAAAUAGCACGGGCAAAAUAGCGCAAAAUUCCCCGACAAAAUAGCGCUGACUUAUAUGAUGUGUAUAAAAGUACCAGAUUAUUAGUAAUUUAAUUUCUUGGGCAGCAUUUUUGUUGAUGUCUCUUAUCUUUUUUCAAUAUCAAUAGAUCUGAAAGUAUGCCAUAUUUGCAGAGAAUGGAGUACUUUAAAUUUUAUAUCAUUCCCCUUUUUCACAGAUGUUUAAAAUGCAUAACUUGCUAAAAAUAGGAUUUUGAAAUGUGGUAAACCCAUUCAAGCAGUGAUGGAAUUAGUAUGUGACAUUGCCAAAAAAUUUAAUUUUGUGAAAGUUUGUGUGUGUGUGUAUAUAAAUCUGGCAAGUAUCAUUGCCUGCUUUCAAAGUACACGUUUGAAUGUAAAUGAAUGAUAUAUUUUGAAAUUUUUCACGUUAGCUUAUUAUAAUUUUUGCUUACAGUCUGCAUAUUUAUGUUUUAAGAUAUCUUAAGUGUUUGCAGCAAAAUGACAGAAAAAUAAUUUUAACAUUGAAACAAAAAAAUAUUGGCUCUAUUCAUAUAUUACGAUAUCUAAAGUAUUUCUUUCAAAACAACUGAAAUAUAUUUUUUCUGCGCUAUUUUGUCCGCGCUAUUUUUUCAGAGUACCGUCUUGCAUUUAUUUUUUUUAUCUCCUGUAUAUUUGUACACUACCUGUCUCUCUGUCAUUAAACAUAGUUGUAUGUUACAGUUGAUUUAUAAACACCACUGAACUGCUGGCUAAUGAGGUGUGGACUGAGUUCAGUCAAACUAAAUCCUUUUUCAAAUCAGGUUCAAAACACAAUCUAUUUAUGUAUAUAUGUUUAGAAUGUUCACUUUCUACUAGGACAAAAUGUUUCAGUCAAUACUCAGAUCCAAUGUUUUCCUAUUCCUUCAUUUACCUCAUGCUACUAAAGGAUGCACAGUCAUUUGAUAUGUAGACUGUACUGUGUAUGUUAUAUAUUUAGACAUAGUCAUAAGUUUUAUUUGCUUCUUACAAAAUUGUUUUUGUUGAGCAGCCCUGCUGAGACGGAACAAUAUAUACUAAUAUACAUAUAUUUUGGAUGCUUUUAGACCUAGAUCGCUAAUUUAUUGGCUUCGAGCCUUUCUCUUUGCUGAAUGUGUAUUUAGACUGUCUGGUCUAGACUGAUGGCUGAUUAAUCAAUUGUCCAUUACGCAAGGCUUUUCUCUCGACCAAGAGCCACCCCUAACCCCAAUUCCUUUUCAUACUUUUCCAACAUACUUCCAUUUUCUUCCUCAGUGACAUUGUCUUGGUCCUUUUGCUAUCAGCUCUGCAAGUGAGGGGGGUGGGGGUGGAAUAAUAUAUUCUCUGUGAAUGCCAGUGUUUUACUUUUAAUUAGCCUGUCAUCAAUUUUGUGAACACAUUAACUGUUUUCAGCAUGGGUGAUUUUAGAUCUUGAGGAGAGUCAAAAUUAGCCUACUAUUUAUAACUUUUGUUUAUACCAAACAAUUUUGUUAAAAAUAUUUUUUUAUCUCAUUUUUGUUUAUCUUGGUGUCUGUAUAUAUAUAUAUUGUUGAUAGUUGAGUGUAGUGUAGAUGAUGUAGAGUGAUCUAUUUGCUUGAAAAGUUAUUAAUUACAGCUGCGAGUUUUAAAAUACAACUCACCACAGAACAAAUAUUACAAAAUAAAGUGGAUAAUCCAGUCUUUUCAACAAAAAAAACUUUAUCACAGAAAGAAGGGCACAAUCCAUGUCAUCAAGAUUCACUAGUUAUUCCUCUCUAACCUAUUUCCAUUUUAACUUUGAAAUGUACUAAGGAAAUACCCAGUUAAACUCAACUUCUACACGUCUUUUUUUUUUAUUCAUUACAAUAUAUAUUUGUUAUGUAUAUAUAUAUAUAUAGCUUUAGUACUUAAACAUUACAAUCUUUGACUAGUUGACUUCUUGCAAAAAAGGAUUUUGUACAUAGUGUUAACUCUUUCUCUCCGUAAUUAUUUACCACAUUCUGAUGGAAUCAACGUUUGUAUCGUCGGUUAGGAGAGGAAAGAGUUAAUGGAUCUCAUCACUUACUUCUGAACAUUUCUCUAGUGAAAAUAAAGGUUGACUUGUAUCGUUUACGUGUUGUCGCUAGGUAAAAUAGUAUUGGGGGAAACAUCUUUAUGUUUACUGGUACAUGAUGUGUCGCUUGUCUUUACUUAUAGCCAUCGAAAGCAAAUCUUAACUUACUUUGGGAACGAGAAAUAAAACAAUCUGAUUUAUUGUUCCUUAUUUAAAAAAAUGUGCACAUUUGGAAUACAUUGUUAAGACAUUACAUUUUGAAAAUUUAAUAUUAGACAUUUUAAAACUUUGUAUCCACAUCUGACUUUUUUUUUUUCUACAUUACCCGGGUACCAGUAUUGGAUAUCUAGAGCUAAAAAUGUGAAUCUGAAAUGUGAAUUUUGAAACAAUCUUCUCAUCAUCAUCUUGGCUUAUGAUUGAUUUAGAAACCUGUUUUUUUUUUAUAUUUAUAUUUUCAACACUGUGCUAGUUAUAGUAUGUAUUCUCAUCAGACAGAAUAUUUAGAGUAAUGCUGGCAUAUCUUGAGAAAAGAGCUCAAAAAACAUAGGAACUGAGCCCACAUUGGUAUAACUCAGUACAUUUUAUUAGUUGUUCGUUAUUUGAAACAAAUUAGGUGGAAUAAUUUUGUAUUUUUGUAUUAUUUUUUUAUUUACAAACAUCUUGUGUCUGCAACUGAUUUAUUGCUCAGUUCAUUUUUGUGUGUGUGUUAGACCUGACAAGCAAACAUGAGUGUGAUGCAAGUGGUUGCUAAAAAAGUUUUUAUGAGGAAUUUAAAUCUUUGUGUUCACUGGAUUAGUGGUUGUCAUUGCCAAUCAAUUGGUCAAACUAUGGCAAUAAAAAAAAAUUCUAGUGUCUAAAGCUUGAUUAUAAAUGGUUGUCCAAAUACUUUUAUUGACUUUAAUAAAUAUUUUCCUAAGAUAGGAGUUUAAGGAAUGUUGUGACAUUUUUGCAAUCUCACAUGUUUAAUUUUUUUUAUUGUUUUUACUUGGAACUGAAAAGAUGUUACAUUGACGAAUGAAAAGCAAAUAUUUUUAAAAUUUUUCUAGGGUUUUGAGAACCAGAAUUUAAACAUGGAUACUAUGAUGUUUUAUCAUGUGCAAUUGAAUACAGCUAAUCUCUUCUGUAUCGACCAAAGCUAUCGAGGUUAUUAGAAGCUAUGAUCACUUUAUUUAAAGAUGUAUCUUUGAAUUAGAUUGUAAUUUACUGUAAGACAUGUCUUCCCUAUCUUGGUCUUAGUUCCCUUAUUGAGCUGUCUGGCUGUCGAGUUUUUUCAAACGUGUGCUUGGUAAUAUUUACCCAUGACACUGAUGGAUAAUGCCAAUCGGCAUGUCACUGUUAAAGUAAACAUUUACAUAUGUUUUCAUUGAACCUUAUAUUGGUACUUGCAACUCUAGGAAGCUUUGGAAAGUUGUUAUUUUAAAAUACUAUCUGCCUCAUAGACUGCCUAAAAGGGUUACUUUCUUAGACCGUCUGAAAGGGUUACUUUCAUAGACUGUCUGAAAGGGUUACUUUCAUAGACCGUCUGAAAGGGUUACUUUCAUAGACUGUCUGAAAGGGUUACUUUACUUUUUAAUUAAUCAGACUGACAAGUUGUUCCUGGACCAGUUUAUUUAAGAUUUGACUUGCCAGAUAAAGCUUUCACUCCUUCAUCGACCUUUUUUAUUUAACAUUUGACCUGACAUGUGAUGAAGUCUCCGAGGACUAUCAUCUGACCUGGCAGAUCUAACUUUUGUAGAAAUAUGUAUAUGAAGAUGAUAUGUUUAUUCUUACUUUUGUACAGAUUUUAUAUCAAGAGUUUUAUUUCAAUAUUUCUAUUGUUGUGGUUGUGUCUUUUUAGUUUUUGAUUGGUGUUACAGUUGUAGAUUGUGAUUGGGCUCAUGUUGACACGCAUGUACAGGAUUCCCUACGUAGAGGAAUUUUUACAGAAGCUUCCCAGACUUCUCAUUUGUCUUUUUUUUUUUUUACCAGCUAAUGAAAAAGUUUUAUUUUAAUAUUUUUAAUAUAAAUACAUUUCUUGAAGACUUUGAAAAAAAAAAAAACACUUUUUGUAAUUGGGACAACUGUGAGCCUGUAGAUAUGCUGUGUACUACACGACAUAGCAAGACAAUCUGUACUGUAUGAUAUAUGAAGCUAUAUUUUUAAAUACAUAAUUCCUGUGAAACGCUGAAAAAGAAUUAUGGAUUUUUUUGUUAUAAAGUAAUUAAUUCUGUAUAUAGCAAAACAUUUUGAGAGCAAAAUAUUCUGAUCAUUUUUAAGUGUUGUGCUAGAAUUCUCCAUGGUUGUACUUCUAUACUGACCUAUAUAUAUUUACUUUAAUGUUCAACUCUUUGAUUAGCUGCCAUGUUACAAUGUUGAAGUGGCAACUAAUGAGCUAAAAGAUCUGUUGGGCAGUAAUCUCCACUCAUUUGCAUGAGACAAAAAAACCUCAUUGUCAGACAAGAGACAAAGACUGAAUGUUUCUAAACAAGAAACAUGUUGACAUGGACUUCAAUGUUACAUAGCAAGAGAAUAUUGACAAAGACUGAAUGUUUCAUAACAAAAUAUUUUGGGGCUAUUUGGCACAUUGGCACAAUUUAGGCCAUGUCAUGCUCGUAAUAAGAGAAAUAUUGAAUAUUGACUGAAUGUUUCAAAACAGGAGAAUUGACAUAGACAAUGUUUCAAAUCAAGACACAUAUAUGACUGAAUCUUUCAAAACAAGACAUUGACAUAGACUGAAUGUUUCAAAACAGGAGACAAGUGUUUCAAAACAAAACACUUAUAUGACUGAAUGUUUCAAAACAAGAGACAUAUUGACAUAGUCUGAAUGUUUUUGUCUAAUUCAUCAAUAAACUAAGUUGUUGAAUAACAUGA